AUUGAGAACUUUCACGAAGGUUGCAUCAUAUUACGUCAGUAAAGUGCGUACUUUCUUCAAGCCAGGAAGGUGAACUAAAUCGAGUGACACGCUUGAUUGCUAUUCCAGAGCUUCAUCAUGACCAUGUUAGUAAGGUUGGCAUGCCUGCGUACUCUCCCCGUUUCUGGCCUACGUCCGAUUCUAUCCCAGGGCACUCCAGCCCUGAGGAGCUCCGUGCUGAAGACCUGUCCACCCUUGCUCAAGCCCCACCAGGGCUAUUCCACCAAAUCCAGAUUUGGCUUCCGCCGUGGAAAAACAACAAAGGACCAGCUCCAACAAGCAGCUUUCGAGCCGGCGACGGACACAGCCGUCCGAAUUGAUAACAUGGGCAGGAUGUUCUUGGCCGGCGGGGCUGUCGUGGGCCUGGGUGCCCUGUGUUACUACGGCCUCGGCAUGUCCAAUGAGAUGGGUGCCAUCGAGAGGGCAGUCAUCUGGCCCCAAUACGUGAAGGACCGGAUCCACUCCACGUACCUGUACUUCGCCGGCAGUGUGGGGAUGACGGCGCUGUCGGCUGUGGCUGUGAGCCGAAGCCCAGCCCUCAUGGGUCUGAUGAUGAGAGGAUCCUGGCUGGCUAUUGGAGCAACAUUUGCAGCUAUGAUCGGAGCAGGCAUGUUAGUCCGAUCCAUCUCCUAUGACCAGAGCCCAGGACCCAAACAUCUAGCGUGGAUGCUUCAUGCAGGGGUCAUGGGUGCUGUCAUUGCCCCCUUGACUCUGCUAGGGGGGCCCCUGAUGAUGCGGGCAGCCUGGUACACGGCAGGAAUUGUGGGUGGCUUGUCCACGGUGGCCGUGUGUGCCCCCAGCGAGAAGUUCCUGAACAUGGGAGGGCCUCUGGCCGUGGGCUUCGGAGUGGUUUUUGCCUCCUCCAUUGGAUCAAUGUUCCUGCCCCCCUCCUCCGCGAUGGGAGCGGGGCUGUACUCUGUGGCCAUCUACGGAGGUCUGGUGCUCUUCAGUCUUUUCCUGCUGUACGACACCCAGAAAGUCAUCAAGAGGGCGGAGACCUACCCCAUCUACGGGAUGCAGAAAUACGACCCCAUUAACGCGUGUAUGGGGAUCUACAUGGACACACUGAACAUCUUCAUGAGGCUGGUCAUGAUUCUGUCCGGCGGCGGAAGCAAGAGGAAGUAGAGAAUCCUGUCUGACUGCGAUUUCCUGUCAACUGGUCCCGGCUGGCUCCCUAUUCCCUGUUCAGUGCACUUUUCUUAAGGAGCCCUAUCGGGGGGAAGACGUGUAUAGCGAAUAGGGUGCCAUUUGGGACACACCCUUUAAACUUCCACAGGGUUUGAACAGCAGACGUGUUCUAGCAGCAGACGCCAGAAUGUCGCCCACUUGUAGUUUGAAAACAUAUUUACAACUGGCACGGUAAUAAAAAUGUCAAAAAAAAAAUGUUGCUCAUGUGUGAAGAAGAGGAUUGCAAUUGUCUAGUCUGUGUCGACACUUAUCAGGUUAAGAAGACUAAUUGCUCUGGUCCAUGUUCCAAAUGUUACAGAUGUUUAGGUUGAUUCGAAAAGAGGCCUGUAUUAAGCUUAAGAUUGCUCAUGGUCAUAUCUGUCUCCUUCCCAGUCUUUUCUUUUGAUUGUUCCUGUUCCUGACAUAUAUCUAUUUAUUUACCUGUUGAUUGUUCCCAUUUCAACACAGUUGGGCAAAGGGCAGAUAUUUUGACGGGAACACCAGCUUCUGUCUCAACUGUAUGCUAGUUUCAGCAUUCGCACAUACCAUGUUUAAUAGUCAUUUGUAAUUGUUUGGUUGACUAAUGGAGAAAUGCUGAAAGGUGUGGAUCUUUGAGUGGGAAAUUAUUUGAGAUGUUUCUGUAUGGAUGAACGUGAGUGUUGGUACUGAUAAAUAAAUUGAAAGUGAAUGCAGUCUUA